AUGGACAAUGCCGUGCUGUCCAUGUCCCUAGGGUCAUCUGUCCUUUACGGCAUCCAUCUCCGGUCCGAGCCGUCGCACUCGCGCAUGGCCUUCAAAACAACAGCCACCGCGCUCCUCGCCGUGUUUGCCGGUACGCAAAGCCGGCAUUGGCAACUCGUCCCGGCCCUCGCGCUCGGGUCACUGGGCGACGCUUUUCUUGCCUGGCCAGGCGACGAAGCGUUCUUCCGGGGACUGGCCAGCUUUCUUGUUGCCCAUGUGUUCUAUGCCUCGCUCUUUGCGGGCAUUGGCAAUGGCAUCGACUUUGUCCUGCGUGACGUGCAGCGCCUGGGCCUGGCGGGAGGAAUGCUGCUGCUUGCGCCGUUCAUGAGCUUCGCGCUGAUGCCCAACGUUUCGAAAUCUCUGCAAAUCCCCAUCGCAUUAUACUCGACGGUCAUCUUGAUCAUGGUGCUCUCUGUCCUCACCGUGGACAAUGACCAGGUGGUUUUGGGGGCCGUUCUGUUUGCGAUUUCAGAUAGCGUCCUUGCUACCGAUGAGUUUUUGAUGCCCAAGGACUCGAGAUAUCGGGGAUUGAUGCAGCACAUUGUUUGGAUUUUUUACUACACUGGCCAGCUGCUGAUUGCCGCUGGGCUUGUCGAUGGAUGGGACUGGGUCAACCAGCUCAGGUAA